AUGUCAAGCAGCUCUUCUUCGAGUUCAUCGGACUCGUCCACUUCCUCAUAUUCGUCGCAAUCCAACGCUAAACAUACAAAAUCAUCGAGCACUUCGACAUCAUCAGAUCUUUCUUCCGACUCUGAUUACCAAUUUUCUGAUGAUGUCUAUUGUGAAGUUUUUCGGACGAAACGCGACAGUUCAGAUGACAACGAUUUCCCCAAAUUUGUUCUUCCAAAAAACGCAGUUGAAAUUCCGCCCAAAACUUUUUGCAAUCAAAAAUUUGAAGUUGUUGACCUUCCAACGACUGUGAAGAGCAUUGGCGACAGUGCUUUUUUCAACUGCAAAAACUUGAAAAAAUUUGAGUGCCAACCUUCUUUGACAAAAAUAGGAAAUGGCGUCUUUGAAAGAGACUUUCAACUGAAAUUGGUGAAAUUGCCUUCAACACUUUCAGAGAUCCAAAAAUUCUGUUUUUCAAAGUGCAAAAAACUUGAGAAAAUCGACAUCCCAACAAGUGUCUCGAAAAUUGCUGCAAAGGCUUUUAAUGGCUGUGGGUUGACUAAAAUCGACAUUUCCACAAACGUCACAACACUUGAGAAAAGGGGUUUCUCAAACUGUAAAAAUCUCCAAACUGCGACAGUCAAAGCGCGAUGUGGUACUAUAUCACGUGGUCUCCUUUUUAAUUGUGAGAAACUUUCGGUAUUGCAACUGCCAUCGACAUUCGAGGCAAUCGAAGAUUUCGCGUUCACCAAUUGCUCGCUGAUACAAAGACUUGACAUUCCAAGUGAAGUGACUUCCAUAGGAAAAUGCGCGUUUUCGAGAAUGUCAAAUUUGACUCAGAUUUGCCUUCCAAACACACUGCAAGAGCUCUCCAAAUAUCUUUUCUCGUCGUGCAAAAAGCUUGAAAAAGUCGUGAUCCCCCCUUCAUGUCUUAUCAUCAACAAAAAGUGUUUCUUCAGCUGCGAAUUUUUAAAAGAAAUUGUUUUACCAGACGCAAUAACUUCCAUUGGAAAUUCCGCGUUUGAAAAUUGCUUUUGUCUUUCGAAGUUUCGACUUCCACUGGGAAUUCGACAUCUUCCCGAGUCUUUAUUUGCGUUGUGCCGCAAUUUGUAUAUCAUUGAAAAUUUGGACGAUGUCGAAGAAGUCGAAGAAAAUUGUUUUAAAGGGUGUGAGAAACUCUUUGUGACAGGAAGCAUCACAAAGUGUCCACAAAACCUCGUAAAAAUCGGGCAACACGCUUUUGAAGACACGGGAAUUGAAAUUUUGGUGAUGCCUUCGUCUUUGACGUAUAUUGGUAAUUUUGCCUUCGCAGACAACACAAAAUUGUCAGCCAUUGUCUUCAACGACAGGAUUGACGUUCUACCAGACAACUGUUUUGAAGGGUGUGAAAAUAUCAGAGAAUUGAACAUUCCCAAAAAUGUAGUUUUGGUACAAAGCCAGUGCUUUUCUGGGUGUAAAAAGUUAAAUCUGUGCAGUUAUGGGACAAAUACACAUUUUGAAGAAAAGUCGUUUGAAAAUUGCGUUUUACUCAGCGGAAAGUGCAAAACAGAAAUUGAGAGGAACACCCUUCAGACUAUCAAAAGAGAGAAAAACCCAUUUAAUACCAUCGAGACUUUAAAAAUACCAGAAACGUUUUCAUUGAUUGGCGUCUCUUCUUUUUCACACAACAAAUAUCUUCAAGAAGUGACAAUUUCUCAGUCAGUCACUAAAAUAAGCUUUGGCGCCUUUGAGUGUUGUGAACGUCUCAAAAAAGUUGUUUUCGAAUUUUAUUCAAAUGAAAACCCUAAAAAUUUGUCAAAUGAAUUAUUUAAAUUAAAAGUUUUACCAGAAAAGUGUUUUUUUCAAUGUACUGAAUUGGAGGAGGUGGUGUUGCCUAAUACACUGGAAGAGAUUGGCGAAGGUUGCUUUUCAAAAUGUGAAAAGCUGGAGGACAUCACACUGCCAGAGAGUUUACAGACAUUGAACUCGGAGUGCUUUUACGCCUGCGGGUUGACUAAAAUCUGUGUUCCUCGAAACGUCAAAAAACUCCCCGACCGAAUCUUCGAGAAGUGUAAAAAGUUGUUUCAAAUUGAACUGCCAGAAAAAUUGGAAGAAAUACAUUUCGAGGCGUUUGCGGGGUGUUGCGAAAUAUCAUAUUUUGAAGUCCCCGAUUGUGUGAGUAAAAUUGAGGCGGCGGUAUUUGCCGGAUGCACAAAUUUGGAGGAGAUAAAAAUAGGAAAAAAUGUCAGACAAAUUGGAGAAAAUUGUUUUGAAAAUUGUGCCUUGACAAAAGUUAUUUUUAGCGAUCAAAUGUUAAAAAUAGGAAAGGAGGCAUUUCUGAACAAUAAAAAUUUGAGAGAAAUAAUUCUGCCUUUCAAAACGGAAAGAGUUGGAAACAACUGUUUUAAAGGUUGUGGUAAAAUCAUCGUUAAAAAGUACACAAAACCACGAACAAAAUAA